AGCUUUAUCAUUUUUUCUUUAAGUUACGAUUCUUCAUUAUAAAAAAUCAUGCAACUGUCAAAUGCAUGUUUAAACUGAUCAGGUAAUACUUGAAUAGAGAAAUGACGAAGCAACCGUUUCUUUAUUUUUCUUACGUGUUCCUUUUCGUUGCGACCGCGUUUAUUACUUGUACUUGUGGUUCGUUGGUUAUCGCCAUCUUUCAAUAUUUCAUCGAUAAAUCACAUGAUUUAAAAAAAAUAAUCGUGAAGGAAUUUGAAAGUCAUGAAUUUAGUUUACAUUUAAUAGAAGCUUUAAGAAUACAAGAGAAAUUUAAAGACAACGACGAAAGCUUAAAGAAGUAUAAGUUUUCAGUUGAAAAGUCAAAAUUUCAAGGAAGAAUCGGAAUUUCGAUAACGAUAAUUCUCCGCUUAAGGAAAAUCAGCUACACCAAAAGGAGAGUAACCGAAUUCAGCCAUAUAACUCAAAAAGGAAAAGGAGCUGCAAUGUUGUUACUCAAGGAUUGUCAUCAUUAUGUCAACCAGGAUUUUAAGAUUCUUGCUGUGAUUGGUUCUGGAGGAACCGCUUCGGUUCAUGCUGCGUACUGGAAAGAUGAUGCAACAAAAUUUGCAAUUAAGAAAAUUACCAAAUCUGUUAUGGAAGAAGAAAUUAUUAUUAAUGAGAUUAAUAUAAUGAAAAGAGUUGACUUCCAUCCAAACAUAAUUAAAUUUGUUGGCGUCAUAAUUGAUGAAAUAAAUUAUUCGCUUGUACUUGAGUAUGCAGAUGGCGGAACAUUAGGAAAAUAUUUAGAAAUUGCUGAAACACUUACGCCGGAAAUUCAAUUGAAAUUUGCCAAAGAAAUCGCAAGUGCAAUCUACUGUUUACAUAAUUAUGAUAUAAUUCAUCGAGAUAUUCAUCCAAAUAAUAUCCUGGUACACGGACAUGUAAUAAAAUUAGCAGAUUUUGGGCGUUCAUGUAUACAAGGAUCAGAUGUUGAUACCGAAGUAUUUGGUGUAUUACCAUAUGUGGAUCCUAAAAUGCUUGAUAAAAAAAUUCCAUACAAUUUAUCGAAAAAAUCCGACAUAUAUAGUAUGGGAGUAACAUUCUGGCAAUUAACAAGUUGUUCGUCACCUUUCAAUUUUGAAAAAAGAAAAGAUCAUGCUUCUAUUUCGUUAGAUAUUCUUAAUGACGUAAGAGAAGAACCUAUUCCUAACACAAACGUUAAAUUUAUUGAACUUUAUCAACAAUGUUGGCGAUAUGAACCGGAUAAAAGACCAGAUGUUAAUCAAGUAAUUUCAAAGCUUAAUGAAAUUGGUUCUGAAAACAAUUUUAAUUCUAAAAAAAAUGAAAACGUAGAAAUUAAAAUAACGGAAGAAUUAAAAAGUGAAGAGAUUAAAGAUGACUUUUCGGAUUGUCACUUGUCAAAUUAUGAUUAAAUCAUAUUUAUUUUUUUUUUUCUUUUAUUUUUUUUUUGUAAUUUUAUAU